AUGCCAGCCAGUGACCCUGUACACACUCGUCCAGAUGUGCCCUUCCGCCUGGCCGCACCGCUCACGCAAAGCGUCUCUUCUGGCGCUUUUUGCUAUCCAGGCUCCGGCGUUGGCGUGUCUGCUGCUGCGGCUGUGGGUGCGGCGUCAACAGUUGCAGAGGGCAGACGACUAUCUCACAAUGGUGGUGGCAGCACGCUUCUAGCCGCAGUGGUCGGGUUCGGUGUCGACAUCUGGACCCUGUCGCCAGGUGCCAUUGAAAAAGCCUUGCUGGCCUUUUACAUUGCUGAGAUCCUGUACCUGGUCAUUCUCACACUGGCUCGACUGUCGGUAUUGUGCCUGUAUCUGCACCUUUUUGCACCACUCCGGACUUCCUGCAGAGGCGGCGACAGCCGUGGAGAGGACGGCACUGGAAAUGUUGGCUUGAACAUGGACGCCGCCCCAGCGACGUCUCCCUCAUGGGGUCGCUGCGGCUUCCAGAUUGCGGCGCUGGCUAUUGCGGUCUGGCUGGUCAUUGCAGGCACCGUUUUCCUGUUUCUGGACGUCUUCCAGUGCUGGCCAGUCGACACUGUCUGGCGGUUUGAUUUUCUGUCGUCUUCUUCGCCUCCGUCUCCGCGCUGCCUUCCCGUCGGCACCGUCGCCUGUGCCGCUGCCGCCUGUGGCAUUGCCCAAGACGCGGUCAUUCUCGUGCUGCCGCUUCCAGAACUGGUGCAGUUAUGGCGGCGGCUGCCGUCGGCACCGGCACCGGUGGCAACAGCCACGACGGCGGUCAUGUUCAGCCUUAGCGUGGUCGUGCUGGCCACCAGCGCCGUGCGGCUGCGAUUCCUCGUGCGCUUUGGCCGGUCGGCCAACCCAACGUGGGACGACACCGACAGCCUGGUGUGGUCCGGGGUCGAGGUGUCGGCGACGGUGGUGGUGGCGAGCGUGCCUGCAAUCCGGGCAGCUGUGCGGCAGUGGUGGAAGAGGAGGGGGGGCGGCGGCCCUGGUGAGUAG